AUGCGACGCGCCCCGCCCGCGCAGGCGGAGCAGUGCAAGAAGCGGAUGAAUACGUUUGGGUUUGUGGGGGACCUCAGCAAAGACCCAGAGGUGUCGUGCGUGUACCACAGUGAGGAGGCGGAGAAUCAGUAUCUACUGGGCAACGAGAGCACGGGCAGGCUCUUCGGGGGCGCAGGGCCCGCAAAGCCAGGGGCCGCGGCCGCGGCGGAGUGA